AUGGAGGAUCCAUUUGAGAGGAUCUCUCUAUUCAGCUAUGAUAGCAAUCUUAUAUAUAGUUUCAAAUGGAAGAUCCUAUUAUUAGGUUCUAUUCUUAAAUCUACAACAACUAACAAAUGGUUACGAAUUAUUGGAACUAUUUCAAUUGUAUUCAACGUUAUUUCAUAUUCGAUACCUGCGAUGUACUUCAUUUCAUCAUAUACAUCAAUUUCUUAUAAACUUCCAAAUAAUCCUCUUGAUAUCUUCGAAAGUGGAACAUUUUUAACAUUUUUAACGAAGUCCAUCUUUACUAAUACAUCAAUUUUAGUGUUCUGCUUCGUUUUUUACUUAAUUAAUGAUGUUGUAAUUUUGCAAGCCUUCAAUCAUCCCGAAAUAGUCAAAAAGAUUAACUAUCUAACGACUCCAAACUUCCAUUCAAUUCUCAUGCCAUGGAACGCUGCAAUAGUCGUUCAUUGUGUAAAAAUUAUUCUAAAUCCACCAGAGAAUGCUCUUCCGCAUAUCUUCUUAUGCAUUGCUACAUUUGUUGCAUUCAUUCCGUAUCUGAUUUUCCAGUUCCUUUUAGUGGUUAUCUUUGGUUCAACAAUUAUUUUACCAAAUCCUCAGUAUACUCAAUGGUUUGACAGUGGAUCUUUGAAGCUUGUCCUCUACUACUGGUUUGUUGCUGUUGGAUUUUACUCUCUUCCGAGAUUAACACAUACGAUACAAACAAUAAUACUUUGUAUCAUUUGUUUGGCCAGUGUAUACUUUGUGAUAUUCCAAUUGAAAUCAUUACCCGCUAUCGCUAAACUCGGAAAAGAAUUUGGUAUCAUGAAAGUUUUAUUAAACCUAGUUUUAGCCAUUACAUGCUUAAUUGCCAUCAAUGGAUAUCUUUCACAUGCUGUUACGCUCGCUGGAUUGAUGCCAAUUGGUUUAGUUUUGUUAUUUAUUGUUUCAUAUUUCUUAUCUUACUUCAGAAUGAAGUUUUACAUUGGUAUUAUUGAAUCCUUAGAAGCAGUACAUUCACCAACCUUCGAAUAUUUCGAAUCCAUUCUGAAACACAUAAGAACUGAGUUUGAUUUCAGAAUUCUCAUAAAAUUAGGCAUCAGUUUCAACUCCUCCUUAUUCUUCAAGCAAGAAUUCCUUGGUUAUGUCAUGUCCAGAUUCCCAAAUAGCGAAUGGAUGUUGAGAUAUGCAAUUUAUUUGUAUUCAAACGUCUGGGGUGUUGAUAAUACCACAUACAAAUACUUCUUGCACCUUCUUUCAGUCGAGAAGCUCGAAUUCUCCACUCAGUUGAUGCUUUUUGAGGCUGUUUAUUGUUAUAUGCAGACAUCUGAAGAAAGUUCACCGUUAAUCAAAAACGAUAUGAAACAAUGCAUUGAAAUAAUCUCACAAUUUGGUUUGGCCACGAAAAUUCUAUGGUCUCAUGCUCCGAAAUCUUCAGAUACUUUAUACAACGACUUAAAGAGCGUAAAUGAAGUUUUGCAGCUUGCAUCGACCCAUAUUAAGAAGAUGUCUGCAUUGUACCAGUUCAAUCAUAACGUUUACUUCGCAAAAAGCAUUUAUUACGCAGAUCUCAAAAAGAAUUUCAGGAAAGCGAAUGAUGCUUACAACGAAGGACUCCAGUUAUUCAACGAGAAGCAGAAGUACGUCACGACCACCCUCAAUUCUAAUCAGAGACCCUACUUUUCCGCUCCAAUUAACAAAGAUUUGAUAAUGAAGCAGCAGCCGUCAUCAAAUGUCCUGACAUUUUUGUCCGUUAGAGACCACAGCGGUGAUCUGGUCAAGCGAAAACCGAAUAUUGACUUCAAAUCACCUUAUAUGAACUUAUAUGCCAAUAUUUGUACAGCGGAAAGGAACCAGCUAUUGCCAAAUACGCCGCUCAUCACGAAUUGGUUCCAAUUAUUCAGGUUUUUCCAGGUAAUUUGUGUAAUUGCUUUCAUGACAUUUUUGAUUUUCGACCAUACGAUGUUCAAAAAGUCAUGGGUCCUUGCAGAUGAGUACAGAUUGGCCUACGAAUGCAUUUACAAGUUCCGAAUCUUUAUAGAUGCCACUGAAAAGUUGACAUAUAAUUAUAUUGUCCUUCAACAAGCGAAAAGUGAUGGAAAUUAUCGAAUAUGUCCAUUCAUUAUCGAACACUUUAGGCUUGUCCAGAAGAAUUUCACUCGUAUCAUCGGUGUUGUCGAUAAAUUAAAAGAUUUUGUCAACAUUUCGGACGUAGAAGGCAACGGUAGACAUUUAUGUCCUGCUACCAAAAAUUCAGACAGCUCAUACAUUCUGCUUUCACUAACUAUAAUAACUCCUACGUAUAUCCUACCGAACAAUUAA